UUGGUUAUCAAUUUUGAAGAAUUUGUAGUGCUUCGAAACGUGAUUUGUAUAUGAAAUGAAACCGCAGUUGGCAGAAGCUCUUUUGGAAAGCGGAGUAUCUUGGAUAUUUGUUGGUGGUAAGGGUGGUGUUGGGAAAACUUCAACAAGUGCUGCUUUAGCUGUGGAGCUGGAGAGAGAAAACCGUUCAGUUUUGCUAAUUUCAACUGACCCUGCACACAACUUGAGUGAUACGUUUGCUCAACAAUUCAGUGGCGAACCCUCUUUGGUCAAUGGGAUGUCCUCUUUAUACGCAAUGGAAGUUGAUGAUAGCUCCCUACACAACUCGAGUAUCAAGGAACUCGUCGGCUUACUGAGAGAAUCUAGUAGAAGCGUAUUUGGCGGAACGCUCUUUGGUCGUUCAGAGGAAUAUCCACAGAGUGAACAAGGAAACAGUGAGAAUAUUGAUUCUUUGCUAGAGCAACUUACGUCUUCGGUGCCUGGAAUUGAUGAAGCUUUAGCUUUUGCCACUAUGAUCGAGUACGUAGAAAAUAUGCGAUUUGAUAUCGUAAUCUUUGAUACUGCACCAACAGGACAUACCUUGCGUCUCCUGAACUUCCCAAAUCUCUUGGAUAGAGGCCUUACGCAGAUAUGGAAUUGGAGCUCUCAGUUUGGUGGUAUUUUCCAAAGUAUGGGAAGCUUGUUUGGUUUGCAGCAAGAUUUUUUUGGACAACUUGCCAAUAAGCUGGAGCGCUUUCGAGAUUUGACACAGAAGGUUAUCCAUCAAUUCCAGGACCCUAGAAAGACUACUUUUGUUGCUGUUUGUAUUCCGGAGUUCCUCCCUAUUUAUGAAACAGAGCGUCUUUUACAAGACUUGAAGAAAUUCCAAAUUGAUUGCAAAUAUAUUAUUGUUAACCAUGUAAUCAAUGAAUCAAUUCAACUUGGAAUGAACCCAGAAGAUCUCUUUCACUCCAGAGUUAAGGUACAAAAUAAGUACAUAGAAAAAGUAAGGGAUUUAUAUUCUGCGGAUUUUCACGUAACAAAGUUGCCAUUGCUUCCUUAUGAGGUCAGAGGUUUAGCGACUAUCAGUACUUUUGCGAAAUUAUUGCUCGGAACAAAUAAUCCAUUUUAUAAAGAGUUUUUGAAAAAGGAGAGCCACUCAUUGGACAUUGAAGAAUAUCCUCCUACGUUGCAGAAUGUAUUAGACGAAGACUCUCUACGAUGGAUUUUUAUUGGUGGAAAAGGAGGAGUUGGGAAGACUAGUGUCUCUUCUGCUUUGGCAACUCUUUUAUCUGAAAGGACUGAAGGUCGCGUGCUAUUGGUUUCUACAGAUCCUGCUCAUAAUCUAUCUGAUGCAUUCAAUCAGUCUUUUUCUUCAUCACCUACAGCAGUAGAAGGGAAUACUCGACUUGAUGUAAUGGAAGUUUCUCCCAAUGUCGAAGAGCUAUUUACUCAAGAUCAAGACGGUGGUCUUCCUUUUGAUAUACCAGGUUUCGGGGACUUUGGAAACAUUCGUAGUCGAAUUCGGGAUAUAUUUUCAGAUAUGAUAUCUUCUAUACCUGGUAUUGAUGAAGCAAUCAGUUUUGGUCAUAUCGUUCGUUUUAUUCGAAACCAGGACUACAAAGUUGUGGUCUUUGAUACUGCACCGACUGGACAUACCUUGCGACUUCUGAGUUUCCCUUCAGUAUUAGAGAACGGAGUUUCUUGGUUGUCUUCGUUUCAAGAACAAUAUUUACCUUUGUUGCAAAGUGCAGCAGCAAUGAUGCAAAAUUCCAAUGCAACUGGCAACCAGAGUUUUUCCCCGAGAGAUAUUGAGAAUUUAAUGAAACAGAAACUUCGGGAACUCAAAGCUACAAUAGAAACAGUUCAAGAACAAUUUCGAGACCCAAGUUGUACGACUUUUAUUUGUGUUACAAUAGCAGAAGCUCUUUCUAUAUACGAAACGGAGCGGCUUGUUCAACAACUUGCUUCUUAUGAUAUGGACUGUAGAAAUAUCGUUGUCAAUCAGUUGUUUGAUCCAAAUGAGGAGCAUAAGAAAGAAAUGUUAUUGCUUCGUGCCAAAAUGCAACAAAAAUAUUUGGAUCAAGUGGACGAACUCUAUUCCAGUGACUCAUUUGUGAUAAAAGCCCCUCUUUUACCUGAGGAAUUGUAUGGCUUGGAACACUUGAAAAUGUUUGCGAACUAUCUGAAACUCCCGUAAAUCAUAGUCUUGAAUAUAUAUAUAUAUAUAUAUAUAUAUGACAGGUUUGUUCUGAUAUCCUGUGCCGAGAUUAUUACUGUUGUGG